CUCGUAAUUAUUUGUUUAUUUCAUAUUUUGAGGAAAAUGAAGAUACAUUUAUUUUUAAUUGCCUCUUUAUUGUUUAUUUUUACAAAUGCUAACGUAAGGAUAGUAGGAGGUGAUGAUGUCAAUAUAACUCAACAUCCUUAUCAAGUAUCUCUUCUAUAUAAUGGAUUACACAUUUGCGGAGGCACUAUUAUUCGUCCAAGAACUAUACUAACCGCUGCCCAUUGCACAGAUGGAUUUAUAAGCAAGGAAUUAUCAAUAAGAUAUGGUAGUUCCUAUAUUAAUACUGGAGGAAAAGUAAUUAAUGUAAAAGAAAUCCACCAGCAUCCCAACUACACUAAAAAACCUAUUGACUAUGACGUUUCAGUUUUAAUUUUAAAAUCAUCAAUAAAUAACGCCUCUACAAGGAUUGCAAACCUUGCAAAUAAUACGCUUAAAGAUGGAACCAAUUGUAUUGUUACAGGUUGGGGAACUAAAUUUGAAGGUGGCCCAGCAUCAAAUAGUUUACAAAAAAUAAUCCUUCCUUUUAUACCAUUAAAUAUUUGUAAUAUAUAUUAUGAAGGAUAUGUUAAGGAUAGGUUUAUUUGUGCUGGUUAUUUAAGGGAGGGAGGGAAGGAUGCUUGUCAGGGAGAUUCGGGAGGUCCCUUAGUAGUUAAUAAUACUCUCUAUGGAAUUGUUUCAUUUGGAAAUGGUUGUGCAGAACCCAGGAGUCCAGGAGUGUAUACCAGCGUUCUAGCUGUUAAAGACUAUAUUAAUUCUGUUAGUAAAAGUAAACGACAUUAUUUUAGCCUUACUUUACAUGCAAAUAUAAUGUUGGUUUUGAUUUUAUUUAAUAUUAUCUAAAUAUUUUCAUUUUAUUUUUCUUUCUAUUUUUAAAUAGGUAGAAAUUUUAUUGCAUAACCACUAAGACUUGAAUUAAUAAAACAGCCAUAAAUGCGAAAAAAUAUAUAAAUUAAAUGUAACAAAAAAUUUACAGCAAAAUGUAUUAUAUAUUUUUAUAAAUUAAGUAUUUUAAUAUUU